UUCUCCAGCUUCCCCCUCGCCUCCUCCACCUGUCUGGCCCUUUCUCCGGCUCUCUGCGUCGGACGCGCAUCGCCUUCUGCGCGUCCCCGCGGGUCUGCGCUCCUCGGUGCUCGUGGCUGUGAGCGCGGAGUGGAGCAGAGUGACCGUGGGGAUGUGGUGACAUGCUCGCGCAGGAACGGGACUCUCAGCAUUUAUGGUCACAUGAAUGUCAGCGCUGCAGGCCAGAUGCCGGCGAUGGCGGAGCUCGGCGGUGAGAGCGAUAGCAUGCCAAAGCGGAUGGCCCUGAUCUGCUUCCUGUCUCUGGUCAUGCUGAUGAGCAUCUUUGGAAACCUGUUGGUCAUGGUGGCCGUCUGCAAGGACAGACAACUCAGGAAAAUCAAGACCAACUACUUCAUCGUGUCGCUGGCGUUUGCCGACUUGCUCGUGUCGGUGCUGGUGAUGCCGUUCGGCGCCAUUGAGCUGGUCCACCAGCACUGGAUCUACGGCGAGACCUUCUGUUUGGUGAGGACUUCUCUGGACGUUCUGCUCACCACCGCGUCGAUACUACACCUGUGCUGCAUCGCCCUGGACAGAUACUACGCUAUCUGCUGCCAGCCUCUGGUCUACCGGAACAAAAUGACGCCCAUGCGAGUGGCUUUAAUGAUCGGCGGCUGCUGGGUCAUUCCCACUUUCAUCUCCUUCCUGCCCAUCAUGCAGGGCUGGAACAGUAUCGGCAUCGACCACCUGAUUAACGAGCGGCGCUUCAACAACAGCAGCAACACUACGUCCUGCGUCUUCAUGGUCAACAAGCCGUACGCGCUCACCUGCUCCUUGGUGGCCUUCUACAUCCCUCUGGUCCUCAUGGUGCUGGCCUACCAGAGGAUCUACAUCACAGCCCGGGCGCACGCCCUGCAGAUCAGUAUGCUGCAGCGGGCCGGAGGAGCUGGUACCAGUGCCGCCGGGACUUCUGGUGGGGUUGGCGCCAGUGCACCGGAUUCUGCCGACCAUCAGCGCAACCACCGCAUGCGAACAGAAACUAAGGCGGCAAAGACGCUGUGCAUCAUCAUGGGCUGCUUCUGCCUGUGCUGGGCGCCGUUCUUCGUUACCAAUGUUGUGGACCCCUUUAUAGACUACACCGUGCCCGAACAGCUGUGGGCUGCCUGCCUGUGGCUGGGCUACAUCAACUCCAUGCUGAACCCCAUCCUCUACGCGUUCCUCAACAAGUCCUUCCGCCGUGCCUUCCUCAUCAUCCUGUGUUGCGGGAGGCAGAGGUACCGCAGACCGUCCAUCCUCGGCUCCGGCGCUCCGUGCACGGCCACGCAGAUAAACGGCUCCACGCACGUGCUCAAGUAUUGCGUGCUCCACAAUGGGAACCACUCAGAGCAGGAGAAGAAGUCCCUGCACACCCACAUAGAGUCUCACGAGUCCUGCUUGUGACCAACGGCACGGACACCGCCGCCUUCACACAUCUGGAGCUGAAAUCCGUCAUCGAUGCUACGAAUCUAGAGCCCAGCAGGACUUUAGCGGUGUGUCAGAGGGGCGGGGCACUGCCAGUGGGCCAUCUGGUUUCAAAGCUCUGCCGAGACUUGACCCGCCCGUGAGGCGAGCAUAUAAAGCCAGCGCUGUGUCGCAUUGGUUCUGUCGUCUGCAGAGGCCAGAUGACACUGAGCAGAACCAGGACGGCGAUGUCAUCAGUGGGCCGCUGGCCACCACACAUGGCAGUGGCGUCUGUAGGAGAAUGUGAUUAAUGACUUGGAAGUGAAUCAUGUGGCCAAAGCUUUCCGAUGACACUCAACGGACCCGUUUGUGAUUGCGUUGUUUCCACGAUGUCCCUGUAAAUGAGCCUUUAAGCCAAGUGUUUCAGUUUCUAACUGCUUUUUCCGAAUAUCCACACAAAGUCUCAUGAAUCCUCACUCGGCCAAGAGCAUAAGGUUGCAUUUAAGCCUUGAUUUAAACUGUCCAAGUGCAUUAUUACAGAGGCUGCUGUGCUCAUACGCCACCAUCUGAGUGAUUGUCUCUCUUCCACAGUGAGAGCUGCAAUGAGUGAUUGGAAGUGUUGGUCAUUUCGGUGUUGUCAGAGGUGUUUGUGAGGCUCUCAAAGGGGAUUCAGCCCGUGUUACAUCCAUCCCACCCUGACGCACCACGUCCCCUCUGCAUAAACAAGCAUUUGCACUCAUGAAACCUGAACAAGCCGACCGCUCGCAGUCACGUCUGUUUCCCUGCGUGCCUCCAUGCAGGACUCUUCCUGCUGCUGCUGUUGUGUUUUUUCUCAUUAGCACAAGAAAUCGGCUUAAAGGCUGUCACACAUCAGCCGUGUCAUUUCACACGAUGAAUUUGUCCCGUUUGUUUUUCCAGAUUAAACUGAGUCUGACCAAUCGGAUCGCUGCGUUUGGUAACAAAUCGCAGCAUGUGAAAAAUUCCAAAUUUCGUUUUUUGCAACGCGCUCGGUGCGUAAAGGCCUCGAGUCGAGGAAGCUUUACGCGGCCCAGCACCUCUAGAGUCUCUGAGCACUACGACACGCUGGACGCCGGUUAAAAGUAAACUCACCAGAGCAUGAAUGUCACUGCUUUCGUCCCCUAUCACCCUCACUUGUGCUGAAGGUGGCUGAGAGACUUGGGCAUGUGAGGCUCGAACUGCAGCUCUGCGACGUGUACAUCUUCAUUUUACAGUCGGUGGCAGGUCUGACACACCCGGUUAAAUGGUGACCCAGCUCCAAAACACACACGGCGUUAGAAAAUAGCAGGAGGCGAAAGAGAAGCACGUUCCAGAGGCAGAUCCUGUGCUUUGGCGGGACAAUGAUGAAAUUAAUGUUGCUGCCGCAGCUUCUCUGCCGCUGAUUUAAAUUGGCCCUUUUUGCUAACAUUGUGGUCGUGACAGUCCAACGAACCCAGGUCACUCCAGGGCUGCUUAGUAUCUGCUUACUGUGGAGAUUUGUGGUCCUCUUUUGGUCAAAAUGUUCUUCACAAAAAAACGAUUGAAGGUUUGACUGUGAGCAAACAUGAAAGUUUAACAUUGGAGCAGGCUCGCCUCUCACAUUCAGCUAAUUCUACUUCUUGUUUCUGGCUCUUCUUUUUUUGCUGAUAAAAACAUUCCUCUCACUGCACAGAGCUGUUAAUGAAAAGAUAUCUGUAAAGCAACAAAAUUCAGAGACCAAGGCUGAUGUCAUACAGAGGCAGAGGCAAGCAGUCCUCUCAGAUCUCUUAAUCAGAGGGACACACUGCUGAGCGCUGAUGCUGCAACACAAAGACAGACGAGGAGCUCUUGACACGGAAAGGUAGUUACUCAUCAUCAGAGAUGGCUAAGUGGAAAUAUCCAACCACGUUCAACUUCCCAGACUGACAUCCACCCGUGCUGCUCCGGCACACGGGUGGAUGUCAGCUGCAGUUGGAUAUGUGCAGAUGGUGAGCGUGGUCAUAAACACAGUUUUUUGGUUAUGCUUUGGCCUGCAAAUGCACGGCGAGGCCGGUAACGCGGGCGUGUUUUGUUCCUACGCGUAUCUGUGGACUCGAGAAUCACUUUAAAUGUUAAAGACAUUGAAAUUAAGGCCUCAUUGUUCCGUGUUUACACCAACUCAUAAGAAUUUAUGAGAAAACAGCGUGCCCAGACCGUGGUUAGACCUCAGUUCAUAAUGUACUUGCAAUCGAUUCUCCAAAAUUGAAAAGCAGUUGGCUUUCAGGGCUCAGACGCGUUCCACCUCUGCCCACAAUCCUUUGCAAUUUGGAGUAAUUUCGUGUAACCGGAUCAGAUGCUGUUCUCACUGCUCGCUUCUCUGAAGGUGCAGCUCCAACCCAGGCUGCCUGUUUCUGUGCCAGUGCCCCUGAGAGCGGGAGAGCAGGGCAAAAGGUUCGUAAAGGGCCGUGAAGAUUUUAGCAAACAGAAAAUAUUCUUCAAAGCUGCUUUUGUCAUGAAAAGUUCCUGAACUGUUCCUGAUGUGGAUCCCAAACAGGAAGUGUGCAGUUUUUCAAAAUGAUUUCUCAUUUAUUGUUAUUGUUAUUAUGAGUGUGGCACCAGAGUCCUCACACAGCUGAUCUUUAAGUCGUCCAGUGUUCUGAGCAUCGGUGACAUGAAGCGUGCGGGCAAGAUAAUCCGAGCCAGUUGGCGAGCAGCAGCAUCGCCUCCUUCUAAAGUGAAUUCUGGCUUUAAGCAGCUGAUCCGUCCCUCGCUAACAUCCCUGCAGACAGUGUCUCUGAAUCAUCAGUCUUCCUUUUAACUGUCUCUCUGUGACAUCAGUCGGUGCCCGUCCUUGUGUGUGUUGGAAACCUGGGCUCUCCAACCUUUAAAAACUCUAAUGGUACAGUUUUUUUUAAACAGACCAAAAGCAUCACCUGUCUGUUUGGAGAGCAAGUGUGAGGCCAGAGGGAUAUGCAGCCAAACUGGAAACACCUCCACGUGUGAAACAUGUAGGUCUUAUCAAGUCUGACGACAGCCUUGGAUUAACACUGCAUGCUCACACUCAUAGUUCUGCAGAGGAGCUCGUUUAAUGUUUGGCCUUGUGACUACAGAGGUCAGUUUCUACUCUCUGUUUCUACUCUCACUAGAGCCUAAAAGCACAGGCAGCAGCAGGAUGUAGUGGGUAUUUAUUAAUCUGGCCACACAAAGUUUGUUCCUGCGGUUAAAGGAAGGAAACAGAUGAGUUAAAUUUCAGCUUGUUCAAAGCAUUUAGAGAGAGAAACACAAAAUCACAACAAAUCUUCUUAUCUUGAGGGGCUGUGACUGCACUACACCUUCAGUGUGUUCAUAACCUCCAGUUUAUCCACCGCGAUCAACAAGGUUCUGCUUUCGUGAGCUCACACAUCAUCUUGGGACCAAGGUUCUCGGCAGAGCAGGCGGAGGACGCCCCCCACAUGCUCCAGCAUUUCAUGGCUGCUGUCCAAGUCCUGCUUUAUAGGAAACACAGCUGGAUCUUUCAUUGAUGGCAUUGACAGAAUCAGGAUAAAGACUUCCAGCAGAGUGCAGAAUGUAUGCAUGCAGCAGGAUGUGAACAGCAGCUGCCAGCUGCACGUCUGGUGCGUCUUCCUCUUUCUCUGAAUCACGUCUGCAGAACCCGUCAGAGGUUUGGAACAAACCUCUGACGGGUUCUUUAACUUCUGUUCACAGCCUGCAGCAUGAAUGUGUAUAUAAACUAAACAUAUAACUCCCAUAACCUGUCCAAAGGAGACAAAAUGACUUUUAUAAAACUCUUCAGUAUUUAUUUUGACAGAACAAAAUGGGUAUUUUCAUGUAUUAAAAGAGCAGAAAAGCUUCUCUUUCAGGGAGCUGACAUAUGUAUGACUUUGUUUCUGUUGCUAUGUGACAGUUCUGAUAAAGGAGAAUUAAAGAAACGUUGAUAAGC